AUGGGGCGUUUCGGAAUCUUCCUUGAGAACAGCAUUGGGCGGAGUCGGUUCUUCAUUUGCAUCAGCAUCUUCAUUUUCAUUUUGCAUCUACAUGAUAUGCAUCUGCAUUUCCCACAUUAGCAUUAGCAUCAGCAUCGGCAACAGCAUAGGCAUCAGCAUCGGCAUUGGCAUCAGUAUUGGCAUCAGCAUCAGCAUUGGCAUCGCAUUGCAAGGAGUUGAAAAGGCGAGUCCAUUUUCGACACAGCAUGGCAUGGCGCAGCAUGGAACGGCAAGCGAAAAUCAUCCCCCAUCUUUUGGGCAUUGUUUUGGAUCUCCUUUGUUCUGGUUCUCAUUUCCUCUAUUCCCCUUCAUCUUGGCGGCGCAUCUCGAACACCCCGGUGGCAGACGGCUCGCUCGCUCUUCACACAGCAACAAUUUCUUGUCUUUCCUUGUUUGCAUUGGAUGGAGUUUUUUAGAAUCUAGACAUCCUUUAGAAUUGCCUUUGGCUAGAUAGACCAUGGGGUUUGCAAAAACUCCCAUAAUACACUGCAGUCUCCUUGACUUGCCUCUCUCGUUCCUCAUUAUUUGUCAUUAUUUACCCACGCAGA